UAAUAAGAAAAAAAAAAAGUAAAGAAGAUUGUACCGGUGAGAAAGGAGAAUAAGUGAGUUAGUUGUUGACUUGAGAGUUGGUUUGGAAAGGAAGAAUGGAGGAAGGAGUGAGGAGAUGGGUGGUGGACAUAUCAAAGUGGGACCCACAACCCUAUGAGUUCUCCUUCGCCCUCUCCCUCCUCCCAUCCCAAGAACACUCCUCUGUUACCAGGUUUUUCAAAAUGGAAGACCGUAAAAGAGCACUUAUAAGUCGAAUGCUUCAAUAUGCACUUCUAUAUGAUCUUGUCAAAAUCAAUAAACCUUUUUUCUCUCAACAUAAUUUUAUCAUUCAACGAACUUCCCAAGCCAAACCUUUUUUGGAUUUAUUGGAUUAUGAUAAAUUGGGUCUUACAUUCCCAAAUUUUAAUUUCAAUGUAUCUCAUCAUGGAGAUUAUGUGGCUAUAGCAUCUGAACCUUUAUGUCUUGUGGGGAUAGACAUUGUGUCCUUUGAUAUGCCGCAAGGUGAAACAGUUGCUGAAUUCAUUCAAUUCUUUUCAUCAUACUUUUCAACUUUGGAAUGGGAAAACAUAGUCAAUGCUGGCACUUCUAAUGAUGUAUUAAUUCAAUUUUACAGGUAUUGGAGCCUAAAGGAAGCAUAUGUUAAAGCCAUGGGAAGUGGGCUUAUUGAAGGGUUGAACAAAGUGGAGUUUUCUCACACGAACUGGACUAAUAUAUCAGCUACAAUGGAUGGGAAGGUUAUGGCUUUGUGGAGGUUUUGGUUGAUUGAACUUGGAGAAAGACACUGUGUGAGCUCCUCAUUAACUUUUAUUUGGUUUAUAACGUAUAUCCUACAACAUUAAACAGGUAGAGGGGAUGUAAUGCCUUUUUAUUUGCAUGAAAUUCCAUAAAAAAAAUUCCUUACUCUCAUGCCAUUGUUUUUGCAUCAAUAUGUUAGCAGUUGAUUUCCUUUCCCCUGAGUGAAAUUAAGAGGAACUACCAUCAUAAUGGCACUUACACACAUAGCAACAAUUCCUAGGAUAGUGUUUCAAUGAACGGUGCAUCAUAAAGUUCUACAAAUGGAUUACUUUAGAUUUCCAUUACAGAGACAAGAAACCCAUUUUGAUGGAUUUCGAGUUCAAAUUGGUAUAAAUUUUCAGGCAAGAAACCCAUUUAGAGUUGGAUAAAUUUUCACUGCCCUGUGAAGGCUAUUAAGGUAGUUCAAACAGCUGAUGUUGAAUGCAUUCUCAUGCAAAUUUGAAUACUCACGUAAUAUCUUUGUGAGAUGACUUGGAUGAAAACUUAUUUCAAGAUGUUCUAGUAGUAAACCUAAAAUCUACUAUCAAAAUUAAGAAUGGACUCAGCCUCAGAAAAAUGGAACUGGAUAUGUAGACCAAUAAGAGGGGGUAUACGUAUAAGAAAUUUGAGAUUUUUUAACAUAGCUGUUAGAUAAUGAUCGUGGACAUUAAAAACAGAAACAAAUAGUUUUCAUUUCAUGGUGUUAUUUCAUAAGUAUGGAUCAUGGUUGGAAGGAGUGAACUGUUCUAGUUCGUUAUGGUGGAGAUAUUUAAGUUCAAUUGAUACUGGUAUGGGAUAUAUGUUACAGUGGGCUGGUUCUCUGGUAUGUUGAAAAAAAUAUUGGAGAUGGGAGAGAUACUAGGCUGGACCCUUGGGUAGAGGGAUGUGUGUUGAGAGACUGGUUCAGUAAAUUUGAUGGAUUAGCGGAGGACAGAGAGGUAUCCGUUUCUGAGAUGUAUGGUAGCAAUGAAGGUGACGGAUUAGUGGUGGACAGAGCUCCAGGAAUAAAUGGUUUUUGGAAGAUUAGAGGAAGGACUAUAGUUAUUGGAUGCAUCAUGUAAUGGGAAGGAUGGUGACUAUAUGUAGAAUGUGUUAUGUACUGGUUUUGCCACUGCUGUAAGCAUUUCUUGUGCUUAUAUGUAGUGUGUUCAUAGAUUUCGGCCUUUUCAACAAAACAAAAAGAAGAAUGGACUCGACCUAGUCAGUAUAUUGAGCAGCCAAAUACAUAGCCUAUGUAGAAUCUUAACCCAAAAUCUACUCUCAUAAGUUGUACCAAGUUAAAAACAAACCAUUCCUAAAGUUAUGUUAGGUGAAAACAAAAGGAAUGGUAUUUUGUCAUUUCUCUAACCACUAAAAUUACAACUUCUAUAUCCAUCUCUCCUGUCAUGAAUUAUGCAUCUAAUUUUAAACUAUUGUAUCUUAAA